AUGAAUUGGAUUUACAUCUUAGCCUACAUCUACAUAUCGUCAAAUAUACUGCUUCUCAAGGUUGCCGGUUCGGGACUCUUUGAACUAGAACUACGCUACUUUCAAAAUGAGAAAAGUAUUGACCACAAUGAAAAAUGCUGUUCGGGCAAGGCCGAUACGCUAGGUCGCUGCAUUGGUGCAUGUAAAACGAGGUUUCGAGCUUGCCUUAAGCAUUACCAGGCCACGAUUGAUACGACGUCGCCCUGUACUUUUGGUGACGUUAUUACUCCCGUUCUAGAAGGAACGACGCUAAAUUUCACGGCGAUUGCUGACACAACGCAAGAUUUCGCGAAUCCGUUAAGGUUUCCGUUUGAGUUUGGAUGGCCGGGUUACUUUACGCUGAUAAUAGAAGCAUGGCAUGAUACAAAUGAAACAACUACACGAUCUUCAGGCACACUCAUUUCUCGGCUCUCGAUCCAGCGGAUACUGGAAGUUUCCGCCGACUGGAUGGAAGACAGUUACAACUCAUCGCACACGAUGAUACGGUAUGCGUUCCGGGUGACGUGCGAUCCUAACUAUUACGGUGAAGGCUGUGCCAAUUUGUGCCGCAAGCGGGACGAUCAAUUUGGCCAUUACACCUGCUCACCGAUCGGUGAACGUGUUUGUUUGUCCGGCUGGCAGGGUGAAUACUGUACCUUUGCUCGCUGCACUCCUGGAUGCCUUCACGGAAACUGCAACAAACCCAACGAAUGCAUUUGUCAAUCUGGCUGGAAAGGGCCACUGUGUGAUGAAUGCGAACCCUAUCCAGGUUGUUUGCACGGCACAUGCGAAAAGCCCUGGGAGUGUGUUUGCAUGGAAGGCUGGGGCGGAUUGUUUUGCAAUCAGGAUCUAAACUACUGCACCAACCACAAACCGUGCCAGAACGGGGGCACCUGCUUCAAUACAGGCCAAGGUUCGUACACGUGCAAGUGUCGGCCGGGCUACCGAGGCAACGACUGCGAGUCGCAUAUGACGAGCUGCACUGAUCAGCCUUGUCUCCAUGGGGCCACCUGCCACAACACCACCGUAGAAGGCGAUACAUUUGGGGACGCUGAUGAACGCAAGUAUCGGUGCAACUGUGCAACCGGUUGGAUGGGAAUACAUUGCGAACGUGAGGCGAUUACAUGUGCUGAAAAACCAUGUCACCAUGGUACUUGCAUCGAUGUUGCCAGCUCUUCUUCAUCGUCGUCAACGACGUCUAACUUCCGGUGCGAUUGCCCUUCUGGAUAUAGUGGGACCACGUGCGAGAUAAAAUCCGGCGAAUGCUACGACAACUUCUGUGCCAAUGGAGGCUCUUGCCACGUGGCAGGAUCUUCGUCAUCUUUAGCCUCUUCGCAUUCAUCGUCGAUCUCGAUUUCCUCUGUGGCGUCGUCGUCGUCUUCGACGUCGUCGCUAGCUGCGCUUUUUAGAUCAACAAAUGAUAACAACGGUAUCAACGGAAUGUUGAGGUGUCUGUGUCCAGAUGGAUUUAUUGGCGAUCGAUGCGAGGAAAACGUGGAUGAUUGCAUCGACAAUCUGUGUCUUAAUGGUGGCACGUGCGUCGACGCGGACAACCAUUUCAAGUGCCAGUGCGUACCAGGGUUCAUCGGAACACACUGUGAGGAAAAGGUAGACUUAUGCCUGACCAAACCCUGCGCAAACGGAGGCGUUUGUACAAAUCUGAAUAAUGAUUACCGGUGUCAGUGUCGUCCUGGAUUCACUGGCAAGGAUUGUAGUGCCGACGUGGAUGAGUGUAGUUCGGCCCCAUGUCGAAAUGGUGGCACUUGUAUUAAUCGGUUAAACCACUUCCAGUGUGUUUGUGCUGGUGGGUUCCGUGGGCAAACAUGCGAUGAAGAAUCAUCUGCGGCCGUUCAACGAGCGGCAGUUACAAGCGGCGGCUCGCAGUUUCAUCACCAUCAUCAUCCUCAACAGCAGCAACGGCACAGUGGGAACGAUGCCGGUGGAUCUGGCGGUAGUCGUCGAAAUUCGGAUGGAUUAAGCAGUGGUCAGAUUGUGUUGAUUGCGAUGUUUUCCAUUUCAACUCCACUGGGAGCAUUCAUAGCGACAGCGAUCGUCAUCUGCUUGAAACGCAAGCGUCAACGAGAGCAGGAAAAAGACGAUGCUGAGGCACGGAAGCAAAACGAGCAAAAUGCAUCCCAUAAUCUGUCCGCUUCGUCGCACCAUCAUCAUCGGAUGGUGGAUAACCAUCUGCAACAGCAACAGCAACAACAGCACCUUCAUCAUCAGCAAUCAUCGUCGUCCUCUACGGUGCAAGGCUCUUCGCAACUUUCUUCAUCUCAUCAACAACAGCAACAACAGCAGCAGCAACAGCAACAGCAGCAAUAUCACAACGGAUUCCACAACCACCUUCAGUCGUCCAGUCAAAAACGGAACAGUGGCAACACCCUUUCGAACUUUGACAGCUCGCAUCAUAUGAUCAAAAACACUUGGGACAAGAGCAUCAACAACAUGCCGUCCCUGCCAUCUUCUGCAGGUACUGGUGGUGUCAGUGGCGGAAGUGGGACGAGUGGCGUGGGAACGUCCAGUACUAUCGGAUCAUCUUCAAUGCUGCUUGGAGGAACAAACUUAGACGAUAGUGGCUGCUUGUUGGGUGCAGCAGCAGUUGCAACCAAUGGAGGAAGUGGAGUUGGGGGGGUGGGACAUGCUGGUGCUUUGCUGUAUCUGAGCACCAGCGAGGAUGGACCUUCGAUGGCAUCCUGCUCGACGUUGCAACGUGCCAAAUCACAGAAACAGCUAAACACGGAUCCAUCGCUGUUGUUACAACAGCAUCACAACCAUCACAAUGCGAUACUAUCACAAUCGUCGGCAACGCACCAUGCCGCAGCAAUAGUUGCAUCUCCGGGGGCCGGUGUGCUAUCCUCUUCGGCAGCGGCAGCAACAACUUCGGGAACGUCUUGUAGUGGUAACAGUGGAAAGGAUAUGUUCGACAAGCGCAUAUCAGUGCUGUCCGAAUCUGGUCGAUUAUGCCAUCCCCGCUGGAAUGCAGCGUCAUCGGUAGGCGUUGUCAGUGGAAGUCAUUCUAUCGUUGGGCCAUGCAGUCCACCUCACAUAUAA